AUAUAUAUAUAUAUAUAUAUGUAUAUAAAUGAGUGUUUAUAAAGUGGAAAGGAAUUGGAAUAUAUGUAUGUGAUAGAAAAUUUGCAAAUACCAUUAUAAUCGAUUUAAAAAAGAAUCGCAUUUUUCUCUGACAAUUAUUUGGAAUCAAUUCAAUUAAUUUUAAGCAAAACUAGAGUGCAGAGUUGAAAAAAGAAAACAGUGAACCUGAAUGUAGCUUUAUUAGUGCGCGGUGCUUGCGACUUUUGGAUAUAAAAAAAAAACCAAGAAAAAAAACAACAACAAAAAUACAACGGGAACAGUGGCAACAGCAGUGGCAAAAGCAAUUUGUCGGCACAACUAGAAACCGGUAAAAUGUUUCCGCUGCCGAAGGGGACGCUAUGGUCAGCAUUCGUUCUACUGUGGACUUUGCUUUUCAUUAAUGGAGUCAAUUCGGAGGGGAGAAUUGUCUGCUAUUACACCAACUGGAGUGUCUAUCGUCCAGGUACAGCAAAAUUCAAUCCGCAAAACAUAAAUCCAUAUCUAUGUACGCAUUUAAUUUACGCCUUCGGUGGAUUUACAAAAGACAAUCAAAUGAAACCAUUUGACAAAUAUCAGGACAUAGAACAAGGUGGUUAUGCUAAAUUUACUGGUCUCAAAACGUAUAAUAAACAAUUGAAGACAAUGAUCGCUAUUGGCGGAUGGAAUGAAGCGUCGUCACGUUUUUCACCCUUAGUGGCUAAUCCUGAGCGUCGGCAAAAGUUCAUUAAAAAUAUAUUGAAAUUUUUGAGACAAAAUCACUUUGACGGAAUUGACUUGGAUUGGGAAUAUCCAGCACAUCGAGAAGGCGGUAAGCCUGGCGAUCGCGAUAACUAUGCCCAAUUUGUACAAGAGCUUAGGGCAGAAUUUGAACGUGAAUCGGAGAAAACAGGACGUCAGCGUUUAUUACUUACAAUGGCUGUUCCGGCUGGCAUUGAAUACAUUGAAAAAGGCUACGACAUACCCAAAUUAAAUAAAUAUCUGGAUUGGUUCAAUGUACUUACUUAUGAUUUUCAUUCAUCUCAUGAACCAUCCGUUAAUCAUCACGCUCCAUUAUAUCCCCUGGAGGAGGAUUCAGAAUACAAUUAUGAUGCUGAAUUGAACAUAGACUAUUCUAUAAAAUAUUAUUUGAAAGCUGGCGCUGACCGCAACAAAUUGGUUUUGGGUAUACCCACGUACGGUCGUUCUUAUACUUUGAUUAAUGAGGAAAGUACAGAAAUCGGAGCACCGGCAGAGGGUCCUGGGGAGCAGGGAGAUGCUACCAGAGAAAAAGGUUACCUAGCUUUUUAUGAAAUUUGUAAUAAUAUUAAAGAGGACCCUGACUGGGAAGUUGUACAGCCAAAUGCUAAUGCAAUGGGGCCAUAUGCCUAUCGUCGAACCCAAUGGGUAGGCUAUGAUGAUGAAGCGAUUGUGCGUAAAAAGGCUCAGUAUGUGGUAGAACAUGGGUUAGGUGGUAUCAUGUUUUGGUCCAUUGAUAAUGACGAUUUCCGUGGCACAUGUACUGGUAAACCUUACCCUUUGAUUGAAGCAGCCAAGGAGUCAAUGUUUGAUGCUAUGGGUCUCGGCAUUAAUGAGGUGUCGAAAUCUAGUGCACCUAGAAAAUCGAAUCGAUCCAGGAAUCAUGAAAAUUCAAUUGCCACUCGCAACCGUAUCAAUGUAGGUGACAAAUUAACGUACGAAGAGCGCAAAGAGAGUUCACGUCGCACUUCCAAUCAAGAAACACGUAAGCGCGUUCAACACAGCACUACUAGGUCCCCUAGCAGUACAACGAUUAGAUUGACUGAAGCGGAAGGUUCCUCAUUAUAUAUCGGUGGCCGUACCACCACACCUCCACCGCCAACUACUCCGGAUCCUGGAACUGACUUUAAAUGCGAAGAUGAAGGCUUUUAUCAGCAUCCCAGAGAUUGCAAAAAAUACUACUGGUGCUUAGACAGUGGGCCCUCUGGAUUAGGUAUUGUUGCUCAUCAGUUUACUUGCCCAUCUGGAUUAUAUUUUAAUCCUGCUGCCGAUUCAUGUGAUUUUGCUAGAAAUGUUCCCUGUAAAACGAAGAAAUCUACUACUGCUGCUCCUGUAACAAAGUCGUACGCCAGCACUUCCAUUGCGACCACCACCAAGCCAACGGCUUCUGUGAACCGUAUUACAGCGGCUACAGCGCGUACAACGUUUUUCAGGACUACUUCUACUACCGCGCACACCACUACUACUACAACUGCUAAGCCGCCAGUGGACGACGAAGAUUAUAUGGAUGUAGAGGAACAGCAUUCUGAAGAGGAUCCUAAAGUAAUUAAAGAAUUAAUCGAAUUAAUUCGCCGUGUUGGAGGCAUUGAGGAGUUAGAGAAGCAUUUAUUGCGUAAAGAUGAUGGUACUAUUUCCUUUAAACAACAUAGUUCAAGCAGCUCAAACUAUGCCGAAUCCACUACGUCUUCAAGUAUUAGCAAAUCACUUUAUGACAAAGUGCUAAGUAGACCAAAUGCUUUAAAUUCCUUUCGCAAUCGUUUUAUUCCUUCAAAUUCUUAUCGGAAAACUGAACAACUUGAUAGGGAAAAGUCUGACGAAGAAUCAGAUAUAGCUAAUGAAAAUGACACACACAACUCUAAGUCAACUUCAGAAUACUCUAAAUAUUCCUCAGUGGUAAGAGGAAAUAGCCGCCAAGGCCCACAAAACGAGGGCUUAGAUAAAUUACCCGAAUUCUCGGGAUUCCUUAAAGAAAGAAAGCAGUAUGUAACGAUCAAUCGUAACCGUGGCAGCCAGAAAAAAGUCGAAAGAGUUGAAUCUGAUGAGGAAGAAAUUGCUGCAACAAUUAGAAGCGAACAAAUUACAGAUAAACCGUUCAGUGCGGCAACACCAUCUUAUACAAGCAUCAGGCGCACUAGACCGUCUACAAUUGCCUCUCUGAUUGAAGAGGAAGACUUUAAAGACACAACCAUAGCUAAGCCGCAUGCUUCUCUAAGUAGGAUGCACACUGCAGACGCAAGUAGUGAACAAGCCGAUGUGAAUGAAGAUUUAGCAUUGGUCAAAUACAAAUAUUUGGAACGUGCGCGAUCGAAUGCUGAAGGCAGCCAAACCGUUAAACUGAUUGAAAAUAAGAAAAAUGAAGGGGAAGAUGCAGAUAUUACUCAUCAAAAAGAAGACCAAAAAAUUACGGUACAGUUGAGCGCUGCUAAAGCCGACUACAGCACACAACAGCUACAAGAACAAGUCACUACUAUACCAGUAACACAACGUACCUAUGUCAGCUUAGGUCGCAGAACAACAACAACAGCAUCAAACACAGAAACUAGUACACCUGUGGUGCUUGUAACAACAACACCCACAGAGACUUCAACAGCUGCACCUAACAAUAUCGAAAACUUAACAUAUCAACCACUUAUCGCCCUAACAACUACCAUUGCUACAACCACCACUAACCUACCCGCCACUAUUACAAAUACAUCGCCAAGUAUAACCAUUAUUCCAUCCAUUACAAGCGACUUACUCAGCUCCUCUAAGGUGCUUAAACAAGAAUAUCAAUUAUCCCAAAGUACGCUCCCUGACUCUCCCACACCUGACUCAACAGCAACAACACUAACGACAGAAUAUAACUUCCCCGCAAUUAAGCACGAAAUUGACAGUCCAGCAAUCACCGUAACUACUGAAAAAUUUUCGACACCUACUAUCCCUGGGCAUACGGACAACAAAGACGAGGUAAACUUAGUUAUUAGAGAUCAAAACCAAUCGACCGUGUACAAUCAAAUAAUGAGAGAUACUACUCCUGUCAUCACAAACACUUUAACUACUACCACCGAAAAAUACACUUCCUUUACCAAUCGAAAUAAUACUGACUCUUUGAGUUCAUCUAAUACCGCUUAUAAAUAUUUUGGCGGAAAAAGAGAAAAAGAUCAACAAAAAGUACUAAGUCGUUCCUCCCUAAAACAGACAACCGAAUUGUAUCCUUUAACCACAACCAUAACCAACGAAUCCAUAAAUAAUGAAUUCCUGGGUAGUGUAUCUAGUCCAAGACCUUUUGGUUAUCCCAAACGUCGUGGAAGGCCGACGGUCUCCAGUACGACAACUGUAGCAACCGAAGUGACUUCUGUCAAGACACAAACCAAAGAAAGACCAAGUUUUGUACAGAAAGCAAAAUUAAAUGCUGCAGUAACUCCUCCAACGAAGGUGAGUUCUAACAUAGAUCAUUUAUCUCAAAACUAUGAAAUGAAUCCUCUUGGCAAAGAACUCCACAAUCAUGACUUGAGCACCACCAUUCGCUCUUUAGAUUACCUUCAAUACUCAAGUAAAGAAAAUAAAGAAAAGCAAAUUCUAGGGGAUGCUAUUGUAGAGCAAGAAAUUGGUCUAGAAGUAGAUAACGAAAAAGAACAUCUUGUAGAUAAUAAUAUGAAGGAAUAUGGAACAAAUGUUGUAGAUAAAGCGAACGGUAACCUAAUUAGACAAAGAGAUUAUGUUGGUAAGAACACUUCAUUAGAAGUGGACCCUAUUGAAACACAAUAUUUAAAUUUAAAUAGAACUUCUGUAACAUACACCGACAUAAUUAGAAAUCGUACUGUAAACAAUCAAACAGAAAAUUUCACGUCAGCUGAACGAGAUAACAAGAACUCCGAAAGCGAAAUCAAGCAAACAUUAAAUAAAGAAAACAACAGUGAUCUAGCUUCCGCGGCAAAAAGUGAUAUUACAGUAGAAGACAACGAAUCAAGUAUAAAAGUAAUAGAGAGUCCAAGUAAUACAAAUAAGCAGAUAGAAAUGGAGAAAAUUAGUAUAGAAUCAAUAGAGAGUCAAAUAUUGAAACCUCUCAUAGAAGAAAAACCAAAAGCCAAGGAAAUCUAUAAAGUAAAUUACGUGAAAGAAGCGACUACCACAUCUAGUGGACUACUCUCUGACGGUCAGCUGGGGCGAGAAUAUGACGCUUCAAAUAACGAAGAGAGUAGUCAAAGUAGCAAGAAUGCAACGUUCCUUAAAGAUGUAAUGUUAACCGUCACUACAGCUCCUUUAGCUUACAAAAGCAAUACAUCUGUUCAGCUCGAUGGGGAAGAUAUAACUAUAAGAUCUGUAUACAACGAUGGUAACGAAACUAAUUUUAACGAAGUUCCUACCUAUAUUGAUGUUUUAGUAACAGCCAGUACGGCAGCUGUGGGUAUUGGAAAUGUUGUCAUAAAAACUGAACCUGUUAUCCCAGAAAACGAUGUCUCCUUAGAAACGAGUGAAUCGGCAAAUGACUUCAACAGCACUAGAUCUAUGUUUAAGUUAAGUGAAGAACAUUCUCAAGACGUCACAUCUUCGGGCAAAUCUUUAGAAGUUAGUCAUCUAAAUCCAAGCAUGGACUCAGUAAGCGUUCCUGAUCAUAAAGAAUCAGAAGGUUUUAGCAAUAAAUUAAAAGCCAAUGUAGAACGAUAUGAGGGUAGUUUGCUUAAUGUUGCUCAAAGAAAUUACCAAGUCCCUUCGGAAAUCGCUUUGGCACAAAAGGACCAAAAACUGCAAUUUGAAGUUAAGCAAACCAAAUCGACUUUAAUAAAUGAAAAAUUUAAAACGCCAGAAUUAGGUGAAUCAAAAACCAUAGGAAAAAGAGUCGAUUCGAAAAUAGACAAAAGCUUGGAUAUCCCUUCUCAAGUUUAUGCUGAAAAUAAGGAAAGAAAUGAUGGCAAACACCAGUUUCGAAUCAAUAAACAAGAACCAUAUAAUUCUGAUUUAGAAACUAUCAAAGCAAAUAUCGAAACAAAACAUCAAAAAAUAUCAGAAAAUUUAGAUCCGUUAAUACCGUUGAUCUUAAAUAAAGAAAACCGGAAAAGCAUAUCAAGUGAAUUAAAUACUCAGACACAAGAGUCCACGAAAACGAAAAUCGACGAAGGAAGAGAUAUUAACAAAUCGUCUUUGAAUUCUCAAAACAGAUCAUACUGGGAUACAAACAAUCAUAGUAAACAAAACACAAACAGGAAAAACACAACUUUUUCUAGUAGAAGGAUCUUAAUCAAUCGAAAAAGCAGCGCUCCAACAAAACAUUCUGCAAGUGUAGUGGAAAAUGACAGCAUAAUAAUUAAUAAGUUGAGAGACUCCAAUCAAAACUCUACAAUAAGGGGAUUGAAUAAAACCCGCAAAAUACCGUUACGGCAACCUUAUCGCAACCGAAAUUCUAUUGCGACCGUCUCUAAAGAACAAAGUCAGAGUUUGCAGCAAAGCGCUAGUAAUCAAGUUUCGCAAUCAAUAUCAGCAAAUCCUGCUUUGAGACGAAAAGUACUGCGUCCACGUAAUCAAAACACUUCUAAUAAGACCGAAGAAAUUGAAAAACUUGCUAAUGGCACAACAAUAAUACGAACAAUUUAUAUAGACACUGUGAGUACAGGGCCUAAUACCAUCAAAACAACAAAGCGCAUCAAAACAAAAAUCUUACAAAAACAAGAACCAGAAUAUGAGGACGAAGAUGAGAUUAAGCCAGUUGAUGUUACUCAUCGCUCGAUUGUAAGCAAUAGAGGAUCAGCAAAAUUCCGCAGCAAUGACUUGUCGUCAAUAUUGGCUUUAGAUUUAAGUUUUAAAGCCCAAAGAAGAAGGGAAGAUGAACAAAAGAACAGAAGGAAAUUUUUGCGAAGACCUGUUGUCGUUUCUGAAACGGAAGAUAUAGAGGAAUUCGAAACUGACCUAACACCAGAUAUAAAUUUUGUGGACAAGUCAGUGAAAUCACUGAAAACUUCCACAGUGGAUCCUUUAGCAGUUGCCAGUACUCAACUUUUAUUAAGUUAUAGUAAAACACCAAACUUGCGAGAGCUUUCAACAGCUAACUCUAUAGUAAACCUUAAAAAUAGAGGGUCUGUACAGCAUCCUAAUUUUGCUGGAUUGUCAACUAUUCCUAAACUAACUUCUGCAACCGCAACAGUAAACAAAUUACUGCCAGCUUCAACCGAAAUCUUACCAAUUGAUGACGAAAGAGCUAUUGAAGGAGUUGAAAGUGAUAUUUUCGAUGCUAACGUGAACGCUGAAACAACAAAUUCUGAUACCCAUGAUCAAAACAAUUUCGAUGAUCUUUCUUUGCCCGUUUAUCAUAGACGUAAAUACUAUCAAUACUACAAGGAUUCACCGAUUGCGUAUACAAGUCCAAUCGUAUCAUCCUCGGCCAUAAUAGAAAGCACUCCGCCCAAUAUAGCCAAACAAAUUCACGAUGUCUUUAAUAUCAGUACGAAUGAAUUGCAAACGGACGAGUCUGAGAAAACAACCACAGAGUCAUCAACUGCAGAAGAAGAACACAAAAUUACUCAGGAAUAUGACCAUUUUUUAAUGACACGCCCCAGGUCACAGUAGGCCCUGGGGAAUAAAUCGAUCGAAUCAGAUGAAAUUAAAGCAAGACCCUUAAAACAUUCGAUUCGACUAAUUAUUAGACCUACGAAAGUGAAAGAAUCUGAGAAAACUAAGACAAGCCGUAAUAUGGAAGAAGUCGAUGUCGAAAACCGCUCUGAUCCCCUUAUAAAAAACUUGGCGACCUUUAAUAAAAGCAAUAAGCCCGCUAUUAGAAAAUUGGUCAGCUCGGAAUAUUUAUCAAGAAAUGACCAAACAGCCAAUAAAAUAAUUAACCUUACAGAUCAACCAGACCCCGAAAAUCUUUUUACAAAUAAUAUAAUGAUUUCAAAAUUUUCUGCGUGGAAUAACUCCAUUGAAAAUAACGGCACUGAGGAGAAAACACGUUUUUUAACAAACCACUAUUUAAAUAACACAACAUUUUCUCACACGUACAAUCACUCUCUCGACACGUAUCCAUAUGUGAAUCGUUUGCCUCCAUCAAAAUUAAGUAACAUAACAGAGAUAAUUAAAUCGAAUUUUACCAAAACUUUUAUUAAGGAUCUCGAACAGCAACCAAAAAUCUCUACGUUCAAGCAUAUAUCAACAGCGCAGUUAGAAGUUGAUCAUCUCGACGAUGCAACCAGUGUUGAGCUACAUGAUGCAACAGUGCUCAGCUUCGAGAGAAACUUAAAUGAAGAUGAAGAACAAAGAAAGAAAGCAAUUAAAAGUUUUCAGCAAAAUUCCGAGUUUAAUACACCAACAGAAGUGGCUAUAAGCGAAAUGGUCGACGAUUCCAUAAAAUUUACAACUGCGUUUGUAGACAGGGAAUUCGCUACGGGCGCACCAGAUCUUAAAACGUCUCCGAAUUCCUCAUACCCGGGAACAUUGCACAAAAACACGAAGGGUUCAAAAAUUAAUCAAAGCGCUCUAAAAGAGGAAAAAAUCUUAAAGAUUUUUGUGAAUAGAGCAAAAGAUGAAGAAGGAAAUGCAAAUCCUACUACAAUUUCUCCUGCUACUACUGAAAUUUUUCACAAAGACGGUCAUAUAGAAAAUUUAAACGACCUUGUCGUUUCGACUAGUCAGCAUCCAGUAAUUACUACAAAGUCACAAGAUUUCGUGGAAAGUUUUACUGUUGCACCAGAACUGAUGAAGUUAUAUGAAGCAAUCAAUAGACCAAAGAUAAGCAAAGCGCUAUUAAAUGAAAAUCAAAAUAAUCGUUCUAACGUAAAGGAAGAUCAAAAAGAAGAUGAGAAUGGUUUAGCAUUUAGAUCUGACGAAACUGAAGUCGACGGCCUACAAUUAAAGGCGGCAAUUAGCGCUUCUUCGCUUACAGAUGACGAUAACGCUACCGAUGACGAGUUUGUAACAACCACUCUGACACCAUUAUUUACAGAACACGAAGACGAAAAUGCAUCCGAAGAUCAAAAUACAACCGAAGAUCCCUAUAAUCAAGGAAUAAUUUCGCAAGAUACUGAUACCGCGAAUUUAAAUACAAAACUAGUGAGCCCCUUAACUAAGGAUCUCGAGAGGGAAUUACAAUUGCCUACAUCCUCACAUGAAAAAAAUAUGCAGCAAUCUAUUAUCGAACAUAUAUCAACAACGAACUCAGAAAUUGAUUACCUCGACGAUGCAGCCAAUAUUAAAUUGGAUGAUGCAAUAGGUGAAAAAAUGGAAGACUCGAUAAAAUUUACAACAACGAGAGCAGAUCAAGGAUUUACUACAGACGCACCAAAUUUUAGCAAAACGAUCACAAUUGCAUCGAGACUCCGAAAAUUAUAUGAAAGCGCAUACCGAUCAAAAAAUAACCAAAGUGUUCUGAGAAAAUUAAAAGGCGCGAAGGAUUUUGCAAAUAAAGUGGAUACUGAAGAAAGAAACGUAAACUCUACCACAAUUUCUCCUAGAACUAGUGAGAUUUUUUACGAAGACGAAGAUAUAGCAAAACUAGAAGAACUUGUCAGCUCGACUACCCGAUAUCCAGUAAUUACUACAGAGUCGCCAGACUUCGCGGAAAACACAACUAUUGCGGCAAUUAGCGCUUCUUCGCUUACAGAUAACGUUAACGCUACCGAUGACGAGUUUGUCACAACUUCUUCGACAUCAUUAUUUGUAGAACGUGAAGAUCAAAAUACAACCGAAGAUUCCUUUAAUCAAGGAAUAACAUCACAAGAUACUAAUACCGCGAAUCUAAGAGGAGAACUAAGGAACACUUUGACUAAGAAUCACGCAAGUCAACUAGAUUCAGAUGAUAAAAAUCUGCAGCAACCUACGAUCAAACAAAUAUCAACAGUGUACUUAGAAAGUGAUCAUUUAGAUGAUGAAACCGACAUUAAAUUUCAUAAUGCAACAGCGUUCGAUGUAAGUGCAAACGUGGAAGAUUCUAUAAAAUUUACAUCUCCGAAAGCAGACGAAAGACAUGCUAAAGAUGCACAAGAUCUUAGCAAAAUGAUUACAAGUGUGUCAAGACUGCGAAAAUUAUAUGAAAACACAAACCGAUCAAAAAACAAUCAAAGCGUUCUAAAAAAGAUAAAAGAUUUAAGGGAUUUUGCGAAUAAAAUGGAAACUGAAGAAAGAAAUGUAAAUCCCAAUACAAUUUCUCCUGCUACUACUGAAAUUUUCCACAAAGACGGAUCUAUAGAACAUUUAAGAGAACAUUUUCGUUCGACUAGUCAGCAUCAAGUAAUUACUACAGAGUCAGAGGAUUUCGUGGAAAGUUUUACUGUUGCACCAGAACUGAUGAAGUUAUAUGAAGCAAUCAAUAGACCAAAGAUAAGCAAAGCGCUAUUAAAUGAAAAUCAAAAUAAUCGUUCUAACGUAAAGGAAGAUCAAAAAGAAGAUGAGAAUGGUUUAGCAUUUAGAUCUGACGAAACUGAAGUCGACGGCCUACAAUUAAAGGCGGCAAUUAGCGCUUCUUCGCUUACAGAUGACGAUAACGCUACCGAUGACGAGUUUGUUACAACCACUCCGACACCAUUAUUUACAGAACACGAAGACGAAAAUGCAUCCGAAGAUCAAAAUACAACCGAAGAUCCCUAUAAUCAAGGAAUAAUUUCCAAAGAUACUGAUACCGCGAAUUUAAAUACAGAACUAGUGAGCCCCUUAACUAAGGAUCUCGAGAGGGAAUUACAAGUACCUACAUUCUCACAUGAAAAAAAUAUACAGCAACCUAUUAUCAAACAUAUAUCAACAACGAACUCAGAAAUUGAUUACCUCGACGAUGCAGCCAAUAUUAAAUUGGAUGAUGCAAUAGGUGAAAACAUGGAAGACUCGAUAAAAUCUAUAAGAACGAAAGCAGACCAAGGAUUUACUACAGACGCACCAAAUUUUAGCAAAACGAUCACAAUUGCAUCGAAACUCCGAAAAUUAUAUGAAAGCGCAUACCGAUCAAAAAAUAACCAAAGUGUUCUGAGAAAAGUAAAAGGCGCGAAGGAUUUUGCGAAUAGAGCAAAGGAUGAAGAAGGAAAUACAAAUCCUACUACAAUUUCUCCUGCUACUACUGAAAUUUUUCACAAAGACGGUCAUAUAGAAAAUUUAAACGACCUUGUCGUUUCGACUAGUCAGCAUCCAGUAAUUACUACAGAGUCACAAGAUUUCGUGGAAAGUUUUACUGUUGCACCAGAACUGAUGAAGUUAUAUGAAGCAAUCAAUAGACCAAAGAUAAGCAAAGCGCUAUUAAAUGAAAAUCAAAAUAAUCGUUCUAACGUAAAGGAAGAUCAAAAAGAAGAUGAGAAUGGUUUAGCAUUUAGAUCUGACGAAACUGAAGACGACGGCCUACAAUUAAAGGCGGCAAUUAGCGCUUCUUCGCUUACAGACGACGAUAACGCUACCGACGACCAGUUUAUUACAACUUCUCCGACACCGUUACUUACAGAACACGAAGAUCAAAAUACAACCGAAGAUUCCUAUAAUCAAGGAAUAACAUCGCAAGGUACUAAUACUGCGAAUAUAAGUGGAAAACUAAUAAAAACUUUUACUAUGAACGGCGAAAGUCAAUUAGAAGUACCUAUAUUCUCAGGUGGUAAAAAUUUUCAGCAACCUACAAUCAAACAUAUAUCAACAACAAAUUUAGAAACUGGACACCUCGAUGAUGCAGCCAACAUUAAAUUACAUGAUACAAUAGCAUUCGACGUAAGUGAAAAAGUGGAAGAAUCUGUAAGAUUUCCAACUAGAAAAAUUCACCAAGGAUUUACUACAAGCACACCAUCUCUUACCAAAACGAUUAUAGGUGCAUCAAGACUGCGACAGGUAUAUGAAAAUGCAAACAAAUCAAAAAAUAACCAAAGCGUUAUGAAUAAGGUAAAAAGCUUAAAGGAUUUUGCGAAUAAAGUGGAAGCUGAAGGAAGGAAUGUAAAUCCUUCUACAGUUUCCUCUGACAGUGCUGAAAUGUUUCAUAAAGAUGAGGAUGAAGAAGGUUUAAAAGCACUUAUAGCUUCGAGCACUCCGUAUCCAGUAAUUACUACAGAGUUACUAGUCUCCGUAGAAAGCCUUACUAUUCCACCGGAAUUGAAGGAGUUAGAUGAAGCUGUUAUUCGAUCAAAAAUUAACGAAAAUGAAUACAACCGUUUUAAUGUAGAGAAAGUUCAAAAAGAAGAUAAAAACAUCUCUGUCUUUUCUUCUGAACAUAUGAAGCAAUUUAUAGCAAAAGGAUCUGGAGACGAUCACUUACACGUAAGUGACGUAGUAAGCAUUUCUUUGACUGUAGAUAAGAUUAACACUACUAAAGACGGUUUGGUUACAAAUACUCAACCAUCAUUAAUUUCUGCAGUAAAUUAUCAAAGUACAACUGAGCAGACUACCGUUAUUGAUAACUCAAUCGACGAUUCGUAUAAUGAAGAGAUAACUACUCCCAUUAGAGAAGAGCGGCCCGCUAUUGAGGAAAAGAAUAGCGGGAAAAAUGACGAAACUCUUUCAUUUUCUGUUCAAGAAAUGAAUGAAUACACCAAGCAACCAAAAGAAAGAAAAUUAAUUGAAAACCCUAUAAGAAAAUCCCUUAAAAAUUUCGUUCAAGAACAACGUGUUAAGAGCCUAAUAGCAGAAAAAAGUUAUAAAGACAAAUCAAAAAAAGAAGACAAAGACAAUGAUGACCUUUCUCCCGACCAUGUUACCAAUAUUUAUAAUACUUCAUCCAUGUCUGGCGAGGAAAACGCCUCUGUUGAAACGACUUUACUUAGUCACGGUCAUGAAAAUAACACUGAAUAUAAUCACAAUCGAACUGAGAGUGUGUUAACAAAUGAAAAAAUGUUCUUAAAAUUGAGUACAAAUAAUUUUAAGAACAAUUCAGGAAAUGAGAAUAUUGCAUAUAAGGGUGACAUUGCGGAUCAAGCCAUUAAUAGUAAUAAUUUAUCAUCGAUUCCUAGUCUUGAUACUAACCGUAGUAGCACCGUAGCCAAUUAUUUUAAUAAAUUAAAUACUAAUUCACGUGAUAUUGUAUAUCGUACUAACAUAAAAAGCAGAAAUCAUUCCGAAAAACGUUUACAACGGAAUGACCUUAGAAAUGAUGUUAAAGUUAAUAAUACUCGAAAGCAUGCAGUUAAUUUUAAUAAUCUUAGAGAGGGUAAUGUAAAACAGGGUGUUAAUUUUAGCGAUAAUGUUGUUGUCAACAAUGAUUAUAAUGUUAAUUUUAAACGACGUUUUCAGAAAUACCACUUCAACAGAUCGCGAUUUUUAACUCCAACUAUUACAACUGGCGUUACAACGACCUCAACGACAACAACUGAGAAAUAUGCAACGAAAGAAAGUCAAGAUUCAGCUCAUGUUGCCAGUGUUAAGGUAAAUUAUUUAGUAGAUGUUGAACAAACAAGGGAGAUCAAAGAGUAUAAUCUGGAAAGCAGCACUAUCAUAAUACCCGAAAGCACUACACCCGAAACACUCUCUAGUCCAGCUCCAACAUUAAGACGCAUCAAAAUUCUAAGACAUCGCCGACCGUUGGCCGGUUUAACUAAUAAUUCAUAUCUACCGGAAAAUGUUACCUCAGCUAGAAUCACUAAUACCACCACUACUGCCAACAUUGAAACCCAAAAUUCAGAUAUCCUCAGUACUAUUAGACAAGCAGAUGAGAAAUUAGAAACUACAGACAUAAAAUAUUUGACCAAGACACAUAAUAUAAAUCAAACGGAAACGUUCUCACUAAAUACUGUUACGCCACCAAAACGUUUCCGUAAAGUUAUACGCAAAAUAAUUAAACCAAUGAAUCUAACUAAUAGGGCGACCAUAACUAUAAAAACUACAACAGAGACUGCCUCAACGGUUAAGCUAACUUCAACCGAACCAACUAUUAUACCAUUUUCGGGGAAAAAACAAAAUAACUCGCGAUACGACUACAAUCGUAACAUCAAAAUUCCAGCGUACCAAAAGAAAUCGAACUUUGAUGGUAAGGAAGACAAUAAUGAGAACGCGUUAAAUGCAAAUAAGAAAAAUGAAACUGUAUUUAACGGGAAAGCAAACAAAUUGAACAUCCAACCAGCCAACCUAAACAUAUAUAAAUCUUCGUCUUCGGAGGGCGUGCAGCUAGAUAAAUAUAAGAACAAGGCAUCUUCAGUAAGCACAAAGGAAACCUUUUUAUUUGAUCAUGAUAAUUACGACGAAAGCAGCGAUGAGCAAGAAGAAAAUGAAAAUGAAAAUAUAUCGGACGAAGUUAAAGAUAAAAACUUCCAAAAUAGAGAAGAAGAAAUGGAAAAUAAAGAAGAUAUGGAGAUCGAAGAAGAUCUACAAACUACCAAUGACGAUGACGAUUUUAUAAACUUGGAAUUAGAGAAAGCAACUCAUACUCCUCUCAUGUAUACAGAUGAAUUGGAAGUAACUGAAAAUAAUCAAGACACUGCAAGCAAUUCAGAAUCAAGGAUAGAAAAUAAGAGUAUUGAUUUUACAAAAGAAUCGCCGAGUGAUAUUCCUAAGGCUCAAUUACUAAAUCAACAUGAUUAUACGGGAAGUAUUUACGAUAAUAGUGAUAAAGAUAAAAAUUCCGAAACGAUUUCUCCAACACCUUCUAAACUGAAUUCAACAGUACGCAAAACUGUUUCAAAAGGUGUAAACGUUCCCAACAUAUCACAAACCGAUGACUCAGAUAAACCUCUAAGGAGAAACAACACCCAAACAAAUGAAAGGGAAGAAUCUAAUCCAUUUGAUGAAGAAACGAUUACAAGUUCUUUGAAAACUUUUGGGACAAAUAGAACGAAAGACUUGCCAAAUUCUAAGACCAACACGUUUUUGGUCGAUGGUGAAAUAUUGAAUACAGAAUUGAAGAAACAAGUCAAAGAUGCCAACACUGAAGGCGAAACGCUACCAGUCCAAACUUUGUCGGAGACGAUUCGAAAGAUUGGUGAACCCGAGCAACUGCUAAGCGUUAAAACUAAUACUUAUAGUAGAGAGAAAACUGCAAUUCAAUCGAGCGAUGAUAGCAAUAUUGAGAAUGAGACCGUUAGUGCUAAAUCUGCCGUUGAAAACGAAGAAAAUUUUGAUUUUUAUGAAAGUAACGGUAGAAAAUUAAUUGAUGCUCAAAUUUUAACUAGUCCGGAAAUAGGUUUAACUUCAGAAAUUCCACAAACAACAAGGAGGAAUUUAAUACCUGAUACUACAACCCCUCGUCCCAGCGUAAGACCGACAUUCCGACGAAAGGUAAUUAUUAAGAAACCCUCUUUAUCGGUAUUGCCAUCUUCGAAUUCGCCCACUCCAAGCGCCGCUAAACUGCCCACUUCUGACUCAACCAAAAAAUACACACGUCCCAACGCUGGUCGCUUUGUUCCCCAUAAUGCUAAUAAUCGUAAGAGUGCUCAAAAUUAUGUUAAAACUGAUUCUAGAACUCCUCCGACAUUCAACCUAAGUCGACUGAAAGCUCAAGACACUUUAAAAAUAAUUCCUAACGAAGAGUACUCUCGAGAUAGUGGAGACGCUGCCGAAGAAAUAAUGGCAAAACGAAAAAAAGUAGAAGAACAUGAAGAGGACGUCAGCGUGUUAAGACCGGCAAUUGUUAAGCAAUUCCCAUUCUCGAAAAAGAGCAAUGAUAAUUCUUCUAAGAUUAAUAAACAAUUAGAAAGUAUUGAAGAGGACGAUGAUUAUGAUGAUGGUGAAAUUGAAGACGAAGAUGAUGAUGAAGAGGAUGAAGAGGAAGACGACGAAGAGGAGGAGGAAAUAGAAGAAAAUAAGGCAACUGAAAACUCCCAUAAUUAUCUCGAAAAGAGUUUUUCGUUAAGUCAGUCAACAGCAGAUAAAUUACCUAUUACCACUAGACCAGGAGGCAACGUACCAUUCAACAGCCGAGCUUCAAAUGCGCCCAAUCGCAACGAAUCGAAAAAUAACUAUAAGAGCCAUUCGGCUGAAACUCGUGCCAAAUCCCGAUCACGUAUUGUCAAUCGUCCACAAGGCGUCGCUGUGCCAAAUUUAACCAUAAAACCAAUAGCUCUCGACUUUGAACGCACCACCGUGCCUGUUCCAACAAAGCCGGCACCGUUUGUUCCUAGCUAUACGCCCUCUUACGAACGUAAAUAUACGGGCCCUUCUACGGAAGCCACAGCUGUACUUGACAACAUCAACCCCCUCAUCGAAGAUCUAAAUAUAGAAGCUUUAAAUGCCAGAAACAAAAAAAUCUUCGAUAUUAACAGCAAAAAACAUACUACUUUAAAACCCAAACUUCUUAUACCAACAGUUAAAUUCUCAAACCAAACAAAUUUAGAAUCAGCACUAGAAUCACAGGUACCUAACACAGUACAGAACACAGCAUAUGAGGUCCAUGAGAGCUACUCUAGUGGCCAACAAUCAGAUGGUGGUUUUGCCACUACUACCACACCAAAAACACUGGAAAACACCAUGGGCACCAACACUGAAGACAAACAACACGAAUACCACAUUAAUCAUGAUAUUAAUGCUAAUGAGAUUUUUUCACAGGACCAUGACAAUUAUCUCGGAUUGACGACCACUCAGCCUCCAAGCACAACACUAUUGCAUGUUUUUACAUUGUCCGAUGAUGAGCAAUCGACUCGGCCUUCUAAUUCUGGUGCUGAUGCAAUUCCAAGGUUAAUUUUUGAAAGGGUGCGUCCAAAACACAAGGUAAUAGAAAUCAAUCGUGUGGUUGAAAUCCAUUCGAAGGAAGAAAAGCUUAGACGUAAAUCUAAAGCUAAUCAAAUCGUGCCGAUUGGAGGCCCUUCCCCUCUCAAAGUAGAAUCACUUCCUCAUGUUGAACAAUUGGGGGAAAUAAGUGUAGUCAAGUAUGUGCAUCUGGUAGAUGGCAGCGAUAUUAAAGUUGAAGGACACAGCACUGUAACUGAUUACACCCCCACAGAGUCAAUUAUACAAAAAUCUUCGAUGCCUGUACGCAAUUCACUGCCAGAAGAUCGCGAACCAAUCGACGAUAUAUUAAAUCAAAACGAUCAAUACUCACCAGAGACAUCAGUUAUUAUACGAGUCUCUACGUCGCAAGAGAGUCCGCCCAACGUUAUUCAGAAACGUCAAGGUAAGGCUUUAGUGCCUGAGGUCAUAAGAGAAGCGGUAGAAACUUCGACAAUUUCGCUCGAAGGUCUAUUCGAAAAUGCCCGUAAAGCGAAAGUCUCCAAUACCAUUGAUGGAACGCAAGCACACAUUCAUAUUAACUCUCAAAAUAACGAUGCGAAAAUAGCUGUAGAUUCAAUUUCAACCGAUUACCCUGAAGCUUCAGAUGACAAAAACAUUAAUAUUUCUUCAAAUGUUCCAUUGAUCGCAUGGCUUAACGGAAGUAAUGGGGAAAGACAAGAAAUUGCAAUUUUGAAAAACUCUCCUAUACCACUUAAAAAUAAUGAUACAGAACAAAAAUCAACUUUAUCGUCUCAGUUUAUACAAGAGGACGCCACAACGAUUGGCUCAAAUUUGGGCAAUUUUAAAGUCAGUACCGUACCAACCACCCUAUUCCCUACAUAUGUAAGACCUAUAGUACCCCUACUAAGACCAGAAUCCAAUGAAUCCUCACCCCUCGUUAUAUCUAUAGCUAAUCUAGACAAAGUUAUACUUAGUAAGGUGAAAAAGACAGACUCACCAGCACUUUUAACAAACAAUCUGCACAGCUCCAUCGUAAAUCCUUCAUUACUUAGUAAAACCCCGCAAAAUGUACGUUUAUCCAACUCAUUUGCUACAAAAAAUAAUAAUAAUACCUUAGACUCACCGAUUAGUGAUGAUUCUAGAGGCGCUUCCUCUAAUCGUUUAGUUUCUUAUAUCAAACCUUCCAUAAAUCCUGCAAAGCAUCCAAAUCUUACAGAAAAGAAAUCCAAACCCGAUACACCUACUGAGAUGUAUACUAUAUUUGAGGGUUCCAGUGUUGGUAGUACAACAACAAGUUCACUUGGCAACAAAAUUAGUGAAAUUAUUAGCUUUAGUACAGAAACGCACGUAAUUCGAAAAAAAAGGCCUAGAAAAUUGAAUUCAGAAAGCACUUAAAGUCAAGCAUGCAACAUAAACGCGAGCUUCUUUCUCGAAUUUCUAUUUAAUGCAGUAUAUAUAUUUAUAUAUUUAUGCAUAAGAUAUAUGUAUAUUAUUAUUAUUUAUAUAGAGGAGUUAUUAUAUAUUCCUAACUAUUGUGCUUUUUCUCUUAUAAUUUUCAUUAUUGAAACUCUUAAAGUUGCAAAAGUUAUUACGCCAUGUACUACACUUGAUCGAUAUUUAUCGAAACUAUACAAACUUCACAAACGAAACUAAAGAAUUCGCCAAAAAGCACAUUCAUCUUUACGUUUAACUUACGUAACGUACUUUGCUUCCAAAAAACAAAAAAAAAAAAAAACGCCUCCGAUUCUGUUUUUAAACAUGCUUGACUUAAUUAUAAGUGCGCGACCGAAAUUCAAAAUAUGUCUCGAGAUCAGUUUUUCUACUCGCUAGGAAUUGAUAUUUAAUUUAAUUAAUAACAAAACAAUUUAUGUUAAAAUUGUAAUAAUUAUUGAUCCGAGAUCGCUUAAUAACAUAAAAAUAUAUGUAUAUAUAUUGUAACGAUAUCAGUACAUGAUCGCCGCCACCAAACCGUUUUGGUUACUUAAAGUUCUACGUUCUACCGUUCUUAUAUUAAAUAAUUGGCUGCGUUUGCUUCCUUUCAUUUAACUCUCAACCUUUUGCCGGCAGUUCAAAAUUUUAAUUUUCUAUACAAGCAUUAAUUGUGCUGUAAAAUAUAUGUUCCACAGCUUUUCUCCAUAAGAAUUACUAACAUUAAAUUAAUCUUACUUACAUAAAUGUUGCCAUAUAUAUAACUCAAAAUUAUUGAUUAGUUAUGUAAGAUAUUUUAUUUUAAUUUUCGUUGUUUCUUUUUCUCAAUAUAUAUAUGUAUAUCAUAUGUUGAAAUUAUAAAGGGAAUAAGCAAAGAUCGUUAAUGCGCUCAGUUUGUAAAGUAGAAAUAUAUAUAUAUAUACAUAUAUGUAUAUAUAUCCAUACAUCUGUUAUAUGUAGUUAAUAAAUGCAAUAUAAGUAUACUUCUAAACAAAUAAUUUGCUUACAUAAUAUAUGUAGAAAG